CGGAGACUGAUGACUAGGGUUCCUCCCCUCUUCCAGUCUCGUUUACCCCUCCUUCUCAGCACGGUUGCUCUCCUCCCACCCAUCACUCGCCUCCUCGGGCCGAUGUGGGCCAUGGACGGGCUCGGUUCCGGAGGACAUCAGCCGAGGCUGCUCAGAUGAAACUGUUCAUCGGCUGGGUACUCACCUACGUGCUCUGCCUGGCCGUGGUGAAGAAGAUGUGGAGCAGCCGGUACCUGAGGAGUCACCUGAGUAGAUCCCUGUAUAUGAACAUGCUGAGCCAAAACCAGGCCCCUUACUGGGAAGUGAGCCACCAGUGGUAUUUGUGUGACAAAGAGAAAUUAAGUGAUGAACUUCAACCAAUAUUUGUCCAGAGUUUCUUGGAUCACGGAACGCAGACCUUCCUGAACAGGAGCAUCGAGAAGUCGGGCUGGUUGUCUAUACAGCUCUACCACUCCUUCAUGUCCUCCGUCUUCAGCAUGUUUAUGUCCAGGACGUCCAUUAAUGGGCUCCUCGGGAGGGGGUCGAUGUUUGUCUUUUCGCCAGAGCAGUUCCAGAGACUUCUCAAAGUCGGGCCGGAUUGGAAAUCUCAUAGAUUACUGGAUCUAGGAGCCGGAGACGGGGAAGUGACAAGGGUUAUGAGUCCACAUUUUGAGGAGAUUUAUGUCACAGAGAUGUCCCAGACUAUGAUAUGGCAACUUCAGAAGAAAAAGUACAGAGUACUUAACAUUGACGAAUGGCAGGGUACUGGUUUCCAGUAUGAUGUCAUUAGCUGCCUAAACCUCCUUGAUCGCUGCCACCAGCCUGUGACCUUACUGAAGGAAAUGAGAAGUGUCCUUGAGCCAACACGAGGUCGGGUCAUAUUAGCCUUGGUCCUGCCAUUUCAUCCUUAUGUAGAAAAUGGAGGCAAAUGGGAGAAGCCAUCGGAAAUCAUGGAAGUAAACGGGACCUUCUGGGAGGAACAAGUGAACAGCCUGGCUGCCGUGUUCCAGGAAGCAGGGUUUGUUGUGGAGGCGUUCACCAGACUCCCCUAUUUAUGUGAAGGCGACAUGUACAAUGACUAUUAUGUUUUGGACGAUGCAGUUUUUGUUCUCCGGCCGAUGUAGGAAUUUGAGCGUCUUUCUCCCACGUGGACCAAGAAGAAUAGCUUGCCCAAGGCAAAUCAAUAACCCUCAAGGCCAAAAUCAAAUUGUAUCUCCUACAAUGCCAUGUGUACAUGAACGUAUAUACUGUAUAACUUUAUAUGUGAGUGUAUGUGUUUGUACAUGUACAGAAUCUCCAAUAGGAAUCUUUUUUUAAUUGACUCAACUGUGCUAGCUUUUUUCCAGCAAGUGAACAUAUUUUUAUGUGACAGAACAACCGUUUGCUGCAUCGAUGAAAUGUAAUACGUUGUUCCUUGUGAGAAUUUUCAUGUCUAAUAUGGAAAAAAACAACAACUCUUGCAAUAAAAUAUCGAACAUGAGAUGUCAGACUCUCCCGCGUGAGAAACCUGUAUGAUCUACAAGCCAAAAGCACAUGUCUUUUUUUAACUAUGUCAAUAAAGCGUCCAAAGACUCUU